UCAGUCCGCCGGUUCCCCAAAGCAACGCCCUGGAAAAGAAGAAAGAUUUGUUUGUUUGUUAGUUAUGUUAACGGCGGUGGGCCCUCACGGCCGGCCCACCACCACCAGUCACGCGGCGGAGCUGUUUCCUCACCAACUGAACCCACCAAUCAAAACCCAACACCCAACACCCAACACCCAUUUCUCUUUUUUUUCCUCUUUUCUUCCCUGUUGUUGUUGUUGCUGUUCUGUACUCUGUUCUGCCUCUUAAAAGUGUUUCUUUCUGAUUUCUCUAUCUUUCCCUCUUUUCUUUUCUUUUGACUUGACUGAUCGAUCUCUCUGAGUCAGAUUCCUCUUCAAAUCCCACUGUCUAGUCUGUUUUUGUUUUUACCUCUAUUUCUCUUCUGGGGUUUCUUCUCUCUCUUUAUUUUCGCUUUCUUCUCUCUCCCUAUGGCUUCUCUCCCUCUCCUCAUUCUUUUUCUCCUUCUGGGUCUCUCUUUUUCCCCUGUAAUUUCCACUAAUUCUGAAGGAAAUGCUUUGCAUGCUCUGAGGAGAAGGCUGUCUGAUCCCACCAAUGUGCUGCAGAGUUGGGACCCUACGCUGGUUAAUCCUUGCACUUGGUUUCAUGUUACCUGUGAUUCUGAUAACCAUGUGAUCCGCUUGGAUUUGGGAAAUUCAAACAUUUCUGGGACUUUGGGGCCUGAAAUUGGCGACCUCCAGUAUCUUCAAUAUCUGGAACUCUACAGGAAUGGGUUAAAUGGAAAACUCCCUACAGAGCUUGGUAAUUUGAAAAACCUUGUGAGCAUGGACUUGUAUGAGAAUAAAUUUGAAGGAAAAAUUCCGAAAUCUUUCGCCAAACUCGAGUCACUCAGAUUUCUACGGAUGAACAACAACAAGUUAACAGGAUUGAUCCCAAGGGAACUUGCAUCACUCUCUAAACUCAAAAUUUUUGAUGUCUCAAACAAUGAUCUCUGUGGAACAAUUCCAGUUGAUGGCCCCUUUGCUACUUUUUCAAUGGAAAGUUAUGAGAACAAUAGGCUGAGUGGCCCCGAGUUGCAAGGACUUGUACCAUAUGACUUUGGAUGCUGAACUGAGCUGUAGCUCGUUGAUUCAGACGUGAAAUAGCGCUUGGAUAGUAUCAGGUUCAUGUCAAAAUUAUUGUUCCUGUGGUAAUAUCACUGCAUGUAUUGAAAAGUACUGUAAGCAAAAUAAGAAUGUAUAAGUUUCAAUUCUUAAUGACGACUAACGAGAAUCAAUUCUAUUAUAUAGUCGUCCAACUUUGCUAUUUCUUUUUUCCCAUUUGUUGAGAUGAAGCAAUAUGCUCAAUAUUGUAGUAGUUCACUCUUCAAGCUUACAAGUUACCAUACCCCUGCAGAAAUGGGAAGUCUGGCAUUUACAGCCAUCUAAAUUUAUAUUUCAGUUUUCAGAACUCUCCCUCUAAAAAUAUGUGUAAUUUACGAAUUUCAGUCUGCCAUUUA